AUGCGAGCGCUUCGAGCCUUCCCUCUUACUCCGUGUGACUGCUGCAAAUCUAGCAUCACCUCCGCCAGCGCCGGGAAACAUCCCACCGAGAGACGCUCGGGCUCGACCGUGAACCCGUUGGCCCGCUCCACGGGUUCCGAAUCUGUUGUUUACUUCUUCUGUGGGCCCACAGUGCAGGUUUAUAAGGAAAAACAGGCUUGUGUUUUUUUUUGUUUUUUUUUUAAAUUUCCCUCCAUUCUAAUUGUCCAACUUUCUGUUUCUCUCGCUGCAGCCACGUCGGACGGGACGCGCCAAGGCCUGGACAGCAUGAGAGGGGGCGUGUGCGCUACGAAAGGCAUGAAGGUGGUCCUGAAAGUGGGACAGAGCCAGUACGGACUGCCCCCGAAGAAGGACCAGCCAGCGGGACGCACGACCAGCAGAAUCCCAGGUGGAAACGCCACCCAGCCUCGAGGGCCCUUUGGAGAUGGAGGCAACGGUGAAAACGGACCCCUCGAGUCAACCAACAUCGCCUUCAUCGCUGGCGUCGCAGGAGGCUCCGCCUUCCUCCUGCUGGUCACCGCCGUGAUCUGCGUCGUGUGCUACCGCCGGAGGCACGCCAAGCACUCCGACACGCACCACCCACCGCUGUCGCUCUCGUCCCUCACCAGCCCCAAGCGCGGCGGCGGCGGCGGCAUCACCAGCUCCAACAACAACGGCUCAGAGCCCAGCGACAUCAUCAUCCCCCUGCGGACGUCGGACUCGGCCUACUGCCCGCACUACGAGAAGGUGAGCGGGGACUACGGGCACCCCGUCUACAUCGUCCAGGAGAUGCCGCCUCAGAGCCCGGCCAACAUUUACUACAAAGUAUGAGACAGCCGUCUGGACACGCCUGCCUUCCUUCAACCACGACCAGCCAAUCACACCCAACAUCUCCCAAAUGAAGCCACUACAGAAUCUGCCAUCAUAGCUCCAAACUGGAUCGCCUCAGUAGUACCAGUAUUGUCCUUCGGAAACCCCCUCCCACCCUACUUGCCCUGGCCACUGUUGUGUUUCUAGCUGAAUAACCCCCCCCCCCUUCCUUCCAUAACCCUACUUCACACAACUGGGCCAUUAAGUGUGAGUAAGGGGUUAUGUUGUAACCGCACAUAACCCUUCCUAACAAGGCCCUCAUGAUUGGGCAAGAGGCUCUGAAUUCCCUCGUCUUGUUAUCUCAGAGCUAAAUGAGCCCCCACCCUUUAACGCGCCACACACUUCUUUUUUAAGAGUGUGAACCUGGUGUUGGGAUGUUUUAAAAGAAAAAAAAAAGAGACUGAAAGGAUUUUGAAAAGAGGACUAGGCUCCUGGACCCACUUGGCACCAAUGAACUCUGAUUCUCAGAGAGCCACACCCGCCUUGCCCACCACCCCAUCCCCCUUUUAGAUCUCUAUCAUCCAAUCAGAGACGAGCCCCUCGCCGCUAACUCGACAAUAGCCUCCUAGUUUGUUCGUGUUUGUUUCAAUCGAGAAAACAGGCUUGGGGGGGGCGGCCUCGGACUCACACCCUGAGCCGACACCGGAUCCCCGGACGAGGCCUGACCAAUCGGUGACUCUCAGAAUCGUGUAUAUUUUAAUAAAGCGUGUGUUUGUGUGACUGUGCGCGAGCGUGCAAAACAGUUGGGUAAUAAUUAUGGCGAUGCUGCUGCUGCUCCACAUUAGAGUGCAGUUAGUGUGCUUCAGCAAGUUUGCAGACAUGUGAGUGUGUGUGUGUGUGUGCUUUUCUGCGCGUGCGUGCGUGAGUGUGUGUGUUCUUUAGACUUGUCUUAAAUACCAAAACACAAAAUAGUGAGCGAAUAUCAAAAAAGUGAGAUUUUUUAUGGCUAUCAACACUUAUAGAUUAUAUAUAUGAAUAUCCAGUAAAUAAUUUCUAGAUGUUUUUUAUUGGUUUAUUAUUUUUACCCACUUCUGUUAAACUACACUUCUGUUUCUAAAUGUUUUCAUUUGCUUUUUA